UCACAAACAAGCCAUUUGAGAGUAGAAGCUUCACUUCACUCUCCUCAUUUCUCAGAACGUUACAUUCUUUCUUUUCUUUUGUUAUUUUCUCUGCGUCUUCUUCAGCUACUCUUGUUUCCAAUGUCUAAGAUGUUUGGAUUGUUUGUGGGUUUUGUGUUGAUGGGGUUAGCUGCCUCUGCCAAGUUUGACGAACUCUUUCAGCCUAGUUGGGCUAUGGAUCAUUUCAUCCAUGAAGGAGAACUUCUUAAAUUGAAACUUGAUAAUUACUCCGGUGCUGGUUUUGGAUCCAAGAGCAAGUAUAUGUUUGGGAAAGUGAGCAUCCAGCUUAAGCUUGUGGAGGGUGACUCUGCUGGAACCGUUACUGCAUUCUAUAUGUCAUCAGACGGCCCAAAUCACAACGAAUUUGAUUUUGAGUUUUUGGGCAACACCACCGGCGAACCUUACUCAGUGCAGACCAAUGUGUAUGUGAAUGGGGUCGGUAACAGGGAGCAGAGACUCAACCUCUGGUAUGCCCCCACCAAGGAUUUCCAUACCUACUCUAUCUUCUGGAACCAGCGCCAAGUUAUAUUCCUAGUGGAUGAUACGCCAGUGAGGGUGCAUACAAAUUUAGAACACAAAGGAAUUCCAUUCCCAAAAGACCAAGCGAUGGGUGUGUACAGCUCGAUAUGGAAUGCAGACGAUUGGGCGACUCAGGGUGGUCGUGUGAAGACAGAUUGGAGCCAUGGACCCUUCAUUGCGACCUACAAGGAUUUCGAGAUCAAUGCAUGUGAGUGCCCGGUGCCAGUGACGUCAGCAGAUAACACUAAGAAAUGUAGCAGCUCUGAGGAUAAGAAGUAUUGGUGGGACGAACCAACAAUGGCGGAACUUACCUUGCACCAGAGCCACCAGCUUAUGUGGGUUAAGGCUAACCAUAUGGUUUAUGAUUAUUGCACCGACACUGCUAGGUUCCCUGUCACACCUGCUGAGUGUGUCCAUCACACUCACCACUGAAUUAGGGAUUAGGGUAGAGAAGGGUGGAAUUUAUGAACUUCGAACAUGUCCUUCAUGUUUCACGUUGUAAUAUAUUUGUUAACAUUAUGUGAAUUCUUUUAUUUCGUUGUUUCUCGUGCAAUUCAAUCUUAUUUAUUUACUAGUGAGAGUGUCUCGCGUUGGGGUGCCGCAAGUUCACGGGGAAUAUCGAAUAAUUGACAAGAUGAAUCGGUAUUGUAUUGUGGGCCCCAUUGUUUAAAUUUUAGGACCAAAUCUAAAGGGGUAAUUUAAUGUAAUUAUUAAGGUUUUG